GUACGUAUCAAAAUUAACUGACUGAAAACGCCCUUCCCUCUACUCCCUUCCCAAGUAAAAAUCUGUGUACGUAUCAAAAUAAAAAAGAAAAAAAAAGAAAAAAGUAAAAAUUUCUGUAGCUGCUUUCCGUGUCUCUGCAGACAUCUGUCCGGUAAUUGUCGCCGAUACUUUAUUUGUUCGUCGCCACCGCACGUUCACCUGAAGCUCAGGCCAGACGUCUUAGGGUUCGUAUGAUCCUUUGAAACGCAUGCAGGACGUCUGGUGCUUUGGUUAUGGUAAGAGGAGUAAAAAAGUGAAUUGACACCUGCAGAGAAGCAUUGUUUGAAGACCUGCAAUCUGAAAAUUAUGAAAAUCAAGUGGUAAUCUAAUGUUUGCAUUCAAUAUGCAUACCAAGUCACAGGUGCCUUUGGAAUGCGCAGCUCCACUUUCAUCUGAGAACCUGUUAAUUAAGGAUGGAGAUUCUGGCGUUGCUUUGAUCUCACAGAGUGUUGUUGUUCCUCAGCAGCCUGUGAAAAAACAAACACGGCAAUGGGCUGCCUGGACACGGCAGGAAGAGGAAAGCUUCUUCAAUGCCUUACGGCAAGUUGGCAAGAAUUUUGAGAAGAUUACUUGUCGUGUCCAAAGCAAAAACAAGGAUCAGGUCAGACAUUAUUAUUAUCGUCUUGUAAGACGGAUGAACAAGCUGCUGGGUCCAGGAAUUAGUCUAGAUGCAAAGAACUCCAAAGAUACUAAUGCUGCCAUGCUUCGAUGGUGGUCAUUGCUGGAAAAGUAUAGCUGCAAAUCUUCUAAGCUCCACUUGAAGCCUCGAAGGCUUAAGAUAUUUGUAGAAGCUUUGGAGCACCAACUAUUGAAGGAUCGCAAAAAAAAUAUCAGGAAGCAACCUUCUCAAGGGGACAAUUGUCUAUCUACAUCUCCAACCACUGUUUUGCUUCACAGUAAAACACCAGGAAAUGAUACUAACUUGGUUAAGCUUGUUACUGUUGAUAACCAAAGCAUCCAAAAAGUAGGAUCUGGAAAAGGAUCUUCCUUGAAGCGCAAUGUAAAUACAGGCAUAAACCGUAGCAACAACAAAGGUCACUCAUCAACUUCUAAAACAAGACAACGCAGGAAAACAGGUGCCUCUCCAGCUGCAUACAAAAGAUGGGAAAAAGCAGCUAUGGCUGGGGUUUCCUUGGUCGCAGAUGCUGCUGAGCAUUUGGAGCGAGAAACUGCCAACCAAAAGGAUUCUCAGGCACAAAGAUUUUUGAACGAGUCAUUUUCUGGGCCAGUGGUUCUUUCCAAUGCACAAACGGAUGCUGCUCCUCUUGUCCCCACAUUGCCUGUGUUAACUUCUUCAGCACCUCAAGUUAUAGAUGGCAAUGCACAACAAUCUCUGAAGCUAAAGCUCCAAUUGUUUCCAAUUGAUGAAGUUACUCGAAAGGCCUUGGAAAAGGAUGAACAUAAUCCUUACUUGGAGCUCACUCUAAGUGGCCGGAAGAAGAUAUCUUCAGUUCUGGAACAUCUCAACCGUAAGUGGGGCAAUUCAAGUAUAGCAUCAGGGGAUCUGAUUCUUUUCCCAUACAGUGUACAGAGGGAGAAUCUAGUUGGUUAUCCAAGAUGGAAGCAGGACACUGUUGCCAGUGCAGCAGAUGUAUAUGCAAUUAUAGGCAGCCCUCCAAUUUUUCGAUUGAGAUAUGGUUGGUUCUCUGAUACAGAACUUGACCGAACUUUUCAAGCAUCAACAACAUCUAACCAUGUUAGGGAAGAACCUGCACUAUCUACCAGUCACCUCGUAGAGUGCUUUAAGGAUCGGGUAACCUCGAUGACAGCAGAGACCUCUAUUCUACCCUCAUAUACUGACUGUUCCAAGGGCAUGACUGGAAAUACUGCAAUAGAUCCUGAUGGCAACCUCCCGGUGUCCUCAGUCAAUUCAUCCUGGUUCAGAAAGGAAAUUGGAGAUGGAAGUACAAGGAGACAAUGGGAAGAGGUGGACAAUUUGCGGAUGAGCAACAGUACACAAUUGUCAGCAGGAGAGUGGGCUGAUAGCCUAACCAACAUAAGCAUAGGAGAUCUACUCUCAGAAGCAUCUCGUGCUGCUGAUAACAACUGCACUGACCAACCUAUUUUGGGAAGUUUUCAGUAUCUUCAGCAGAUCCCAUUCAGCUGUGAUUCAUUUGAUGCAGCAAUUGCUGCUCAUAUAGGUGGUCAUAAAGAAAAAAUGGGCUUUCAAUCUACUCAGGUUUCCCAUGCAACAUCUCUCUGGGAUGCUGAAGAGACAUGUGAUGCCUUUGCAUUUCAAAAGAUUCGUGCUUUCAAUCAAGAGGUUCAGAGCCCAUCCAAAAUUGCUUCACUUGAGGCUUGCAGACAGAUUGCCAACACCAGUUCUACGAGUUUCAGGGGCUUGACCGAGGAGUUGCCUGAAGUACGGCCCAAGAGUUCUACUUGUGAAGGAGAUCCUUUAGAUAAUUGCCAGUCUGAUGUGGACAGCCCAGACAGCUCUGCAAAGGAACUCAUUCCAGAGAAUUCUGCAAAGGACCUCAGUCCAAAGAAUUCUUCAGAUGAUCUCGACGAGCUUACAGAUAUAUACUGGCCAGACUCUCUGGGACCAUUAGACUUGGAUAUACCUUCACCUAAGUACCAUAGACAAGAUCUGUUUAUUGGGGACAGUACUAGCUUCAGUGGAUUGAACCGUUUGAUAGCUAGCAGCCUAGAUGUAUUUCAGAACUGCUCAUUCUUUGGCUUGGACAAAGAGUCAUCGUCAACGGGUGAAGCUAGAACAAAUUCCUCUCUGUCGGAUUACAGGAUUGGUGGUGAAGUUUGAAAAGUUGACCAAUUUAACAGAUCAAACCACAGAAUUUGGAAGCCCAGUGCAACAGUGACAAGCAUGGCAACUUAAUUCUUCAUAGGAGAUUGAUGGCUCCAGAAGAUUAAAAUUUUCCCUCUUAAAUGCAUGAGCUAAUCAAUGGGACCUGGGAGGAAUAAGCAAGCUGAGAAAUUAAGAUUUUUCAAUGAAUGACUUGUCAAGAAUCUGUCCAUCCUGUAUAAAAACAGGAAUGAAAACUUCCUAGUCGGGUUUCUUUCUUGAAUCUUCACUUGUAUUGUUGUGUUCUUAUGCAUGGGAAUCCAUAGCAAAAAGACAAAAACUGUAUAUUUUAUCAAAAUUAAGUGUAUGGGCCUAUGGGGGAAGAUAAAUCCUGGGCUACAUGACUGGUUUCUAUUUGUUGGGUGGAAGACACAAAUGGACAUGCAUCUUGUAUAAACCAAAUGGUGAACCUCCGGCCAGUGGUGGGAGCUGUCAGGUGACUGGUCAGUCUUACAGUGAUGGUGUCCUAUUUGUAUGCAGCAGUUGGUGGUACAUCAUUUUCAAUCUUACACGGAUUAAUUAAGAAGUUUGAAAGAUGGGAAAAAACCUUGUAAACUAAUUAGUAAUCACAAUUGCCUGUUUUCAAGUUCGAUUUA